AUGACGACGCACGCCGCGGCGACCGCGCGCGUUCAGAACAUUGCGAAAACGACGUGUCGGUCCGCGCGCGCGUCCCGUGAAUUGCAUCAAAAUCACAGUGAUGAAUGUCACGCGUUCGGUCGCGUGCGCGCGCGCGCGUCGACGGUGAUGACGCCGACGAGCGAUGGACGUCGAUCAACGCGCGCGUACGCGAGUUCGAAAUCGGGCACGUCGACGAAAACCGCGUACGUGUGCGCGGAGUGCGGCGAAGACGCGAGACAGUGGCUCGGGCAGUGUCCGGCGUGCAAGACGUGGGACAGCAUGAAACCGAUAAAGAUUGACGGCGGAUCUUCGAGCGGUGGGACGAGUGGGAAGAAUGCUGGAGGUGGGGCCGGGGCGCGAGCGGUGGCGCGAUUGGCGGAGGAGACGAACGCGUUCGGCGCGGCGGCGCCGGCGCGGCGAAACGGAAAGGCGUCGACCAAGUUCUCCGGGUCCACCGCCGGGGGAUGGGUCGCCGAGGCGAACGCGCCGAGAAAUUUGAAGGAUGUCAUCGGAGGUAGCGGUGAGAAGGGAUCGACGAAGAACGCGAUGCCGAGACGAAGGCUCUCGGGAGGAUCAAACGAAGCGCUCGGGAGUGAAAUCGAACGCGUUCUGGGCGGAGGUGUCGUUCCGGGAGGGAUGACGCUCGUUGGGGGCGAUCCGGGGGUUGGUAAAUCGACGAUUUUAUUACAACUCGCGGGUUUGCUCGCGGAGAGCGGCGGGGCGGACGCGGGUCCGGUGCUCUACGCGUCGGGCGAGGAAUCUGUCGAGCAAGUCGGCGGACGCGCCGAGCGCAUGGGACUCGACUCGGAUUCGAUCUAUCUCUACAGUGCCACGCGAUUGGAAAACGUUCUUGAGGCUGUGGCGACGCUGAAACCGUCGGCUUUGGUCGUUGACUCGAUUCAGACGGUGUUUUUGGAGGAUGCGACGGGAUCGCCCGGAAGCGUGAGCCAAGUGCGCGAGUGCGCCACCGCGCUUCUGCACGCGGCGAAGACGACGGGAAUACCCGUUUUCAUCAUCGGUCACGUCACGAAAUCCGGUGACAUCGCGGGUCCUCGCGUUUUGGAGCACAUCGUCGACGUCGUGCUGUAUCUCGAGGGAGACGCCGAUCGCGCCGUGCGCAUCUUGAGAGGACAUAAAAAUCGUUACGGAUCCACGGAUGAGGUCGGGGUGUUUCAGAUGAGCGACGAGGGAAUGAAACCCGUGGCUUCGCCGUCGGCGCUUUUCCUGGGCGAGCGAAUACUCAGCCCAGACGUGUCGGCGGCGCCGACGGUCACCGUGCAGGGGUCUCGUCCGUUCAUGCUCGAGGUGCAGGCGUUGACGAACGAACGCGCAGACGAGGGUCAACAGGCGCCCCCCAUUCGCACAGCGGUCGGUUUGCGAUUCGAGCGCAUGCAACUUAUUCUCGCCGUGCUGGCGAAAUUCGUUCUCGGUCGUCGCGUUCAAAAGCACGACAUUUUCAUCAACAUUGUCGGCGGGAUGAAGCUCGAGGACCCGUCGACGGAUGUCGCCGUCGCCUUGGCGAUCGCGAGCAGUUUCGUCGAGAAGGCGCUUCCGGCCGACAUGGCGUUCUUCGGCGAGGUCGGUUUAGGCGGUGAGUUACGUCCAGUCAUGCAGGCGGAACGACGAAUCGCCGAGGCAGCCGCGAUGGGGUUCAAGCGCGUGCUCCUCCCCGAAUCCGGAAGCUCUCCCGACAUGGGGAAGAAAACGGGCAUCGAGCUCGUGCGUUGUAACACUGUCGCGGAGGCGCUCGAGGCCACAUUAGGUGUGCGGCCGGUUCGAUCGGCCGCGGUUUCCCAACCCAACGGCUCGUGGCCGAGUAAAUUUCCGAAACAAAAGAAGUCACACAGUUAG